AUGGCAAGUACAUCAUCUUCAAUAAAAAUCAAGAUCUGGGAAAACAAAUCAAAGCCUCACUCAAUGAUGGUGGUGGUAUCUCAGUUGAUAGGAAUAAGCGUAGCAGGCUAUCCGAGUUACUUGAUAAUUGUAGUGCCUUCACAUGACUUUACAUUUCAAUUAGAUAAACAGACAACACCCGCUUCAUCAAAAGAAAAAGGAAAAUCAAAAGCUCAAGAAUCUUCCGAAGACAAUUAUAACCCAUCCAGCAGCGAGGAGAACACAAGCGACGACGGAGAACCACCCUCAGACAAUGAGGCUUCAGGAAGUCAAAAUGUUGCUAGAAAAAAACCACCUCACAAACCAUCAUUGUCAAUUCAUCCCAAGCCCGCCGCUGAACCCACAGGUCCAUCUGAGGAGUUUGGGCCAUCAAGCACAAAGGAAACAGGAUCACAUGAAUGGAUGAUGCAAUCAAUAUUUAAGCUGAAGAGUGGAUUGAUGAAAACGGUCAAGAGAAUGGAUGACAUGAGCAAAGAUUUCAAACUUCUAUCCAACAUUGUCGAGAAAGGAAUUAAUAGUGGGGGCUGCGAGGAAGGCGCAGAAACACCUGAGUGUACAGCAAAAAAAGUAAAAACCCAUGGUGGUGCAGUAUCUGUAAGUGAUUUGUCUACUCAGUUUCCCAACCCAAAAUAA